GUCAAUGUUUUGGCUCCAAGAAUCCCACCGCUUUUCUCCUUCUUCGCCUGAUUUCCGGGUGGGAAAGGAGAGAAGAGAUUUCCGGUCUUCAGGAUUCAAAGUGCUCAAAAAUCACCUGUUUACGGAACAAAAAUUGGUUUAACAUCUCUCGGAAUUGACUAGCUUGGAAUUGGAUACACAUGCAGGGACAAGGAAAUUUUGGUAGCAGUAGUAGUCGUAGGAUUUGUUCUUUUCGUUGUUCCUGGUUAAAAAGUAAAAGAACGGUAAUUGUUCUUUGUUCCCUCCUGUUCUGGGGACUCAACAGACUCGCUAUCAAUUUAUUAUAGUUUAGUAGCACGAUUCUUUAGGGCACGUUGAAAGAUAAUUGACGAAGACAAUCAGAUCCAAAGAAGAUAUGGGCAACAACAAAGUAUUGACAAGUAUUCUUCUAGUCAUUUAUUUGAGUCAGUACGGAUACGUGAGUACGACUUCUUCCGACAAUGUGGAUGUCGACGAAGGUGCUGAUGGUGUUUGUGGGGCGCAAGGGGAGAUGUCGAUGUCGUCAUCAUCGUUGUUAAGGAUGGCAGAAUUGGAGGAGCGAAUAGCCCAAUUGGAGGAAACCGUGGUCAAGAAGUACCCAGAAGUCAAGUUCCUCACGUACCAGGAUAGGAAGAGGAUACUGAUAACGGGUGGAGCAGGAUUUGUGGGAUCUCACCUCGUGGACCGUUUGAUGCUGCAAGGUCACGAGGUCUCGGUGGCCGACAACUUUUUCACGGGGAGGAAGCGCAACGUGGAGCAGUGGAUGGGUCAUGAGAACUUUGAGCUUAUCAACCACGACAUCGUAAACCCACUGUACAUCGAGGUUGACGAAAUCUACCACCUCGCCUCCCCCGCAUCACCCCCUCACUACAUGCACAACCCUGUCAAAACUAUCAAAACAAACACGAUGGGCACCAUCAAUAUGCUCGGGCUUGGGAAGCGAGUGAGGGCAAAGGUUCUGAUCGCGUCGACAUCUGAGGUGUAUGGUGAUCCGGAAGUACAUCCUCAAGGGGAGGAGUACUGGGGGCACGUGAAUCCAAUCGGACCACGUGCUUGUUACGACGAGGGAAAGCGCGUCGCGGAGGCGCUCUCCUACGCGUACCAGAAACAGGAGAAAGUGGACGUCCGAGUAGCACGAAUUUUCAACACGUACGGUCCCCGGAUGCAUAUGAACGAUGGGAGGGUCGUAUCCAAUUUUAUACUUCAAAGCUUGCAAAAUCAGACUAUCAAGAUUUACGGGACGGGGACACAAACACGGUCAUUUCAGUACGUCUCCGACUUGGUGGACGGUCUCAUCGCAUUAAUGAACUCAAACUACACGCAACCCAUCAAUAUAGGAAAUCCAGAGGAGCACACGAUCCAAGAGUUUGCCGUCAUGAUUCGUGACCUUGUGGGUGGAACCAAGAGCGAGAUUGAGCACGUGUCCCCGGUGGAAGACGAUCCCCAAAAGAGACGUCCUGACAUCACGAGGGCCAAGAAAGAGCUGGGAUGGGAGCCGGUCGUUCCCCUACGCGUUGGACUGGAGAAGACAAUCGCCUACUUCCGGAAGGAGUUGCAGCGGUCCAGUCACUCUGAGAGGAACAUCUUCCACCCCACGCAACACAAUUAUCAUGACACGGACAAUGUUAUCAGAAUCGUUAAGAAGGGGGGCUGACGUAUAAAAUUAAAUUGUAAAUGUGAGUUUAAUUGUGAUGAAAUAAAUAGAUUAUCGGAUUGUAAGUAAUCUGGUAAUGUGAUUGUUAUUA